GCGGUCAGUCUCACAUGUUGAUGCCGCUUCACCUGGGCGGACAGACCGAACCGAACCGAACCGACAUGGCUCUGAGCACGCUGCUGGCCUCCUUCCUGUGCACCGUGGUGCUGCCCGUCCUGCUCUUCCUGGUGGCGGUUAAGCUGUGGGAAGUUUACAUGAUCCGCGGCGGAGACCCGAGCUGCCCAAGCCCGCUGCCGCCCGGAUCCAUGGGCCUCCCGUUCAUCGGAGAGACGCUGCAGCUCGUCCUGCAGAGGAGAAAGUUUUUGAGGAUGAAGCGAGAGAAGUACGGUUACAUCUACCGCACUCACCUCUUCGGGAGCCCCACGGUGCGUGUGAGCGGCGCGGAGAACAUCAGGCACAUCCUGCUGGGGGAGCACAGGCUGGUGUCUGCACAGUGGCCCUCCUCCGUCCGCACCAUCCUGGGCGUGGACACGCUGUCCAACAUGCACGGCUCCCAGCACAAGACCAAGAAGAAAGCCAUCCUGAGGGCCUUCUCCAGGGAGGCGCUGGAGCUCUACAUCCCUGUCAUCCAGGAGGAAGUGCAGACUGCAGUCAAAAGCUGGUUGGUGCAAGACCCCUGUGUGCUGGUCUAUCCUGAAAUGAAGCGGCUGAUGUUCCGCUUAGCCAUGAGGAUUCUGCUGGGUUUUGACCUGGAGCGGAUCCGGACCGAUGAGCAGCAGCUGGUGGAAGCAUUUGAGGAAAUGACCAGAAACCUUUUCUCCCUGCCCAUCGACGUCCCGUUCAGUGGGUUGUACAGGGGUCUGAGGGCCAGAAAUUUCAUCCACUCAAAGAUUGAAGAGAACAUCAAAAUGAAGGUGGAGGAGUCAGACAAAGGGUCAAAACACACAGACGCCCUGCAGCAGCUCAUAGACAGCAGCAAGAAGAAUGGAGAGCCCUUCAGUAUGCAGGCCAUCAAGGAAUCUGCUACGGAGCUUUUGUUUGGCGGCCAUGAAACCACGGCCAGCACAGCCACGUCCCUCAUCAUGUUUCUGGGCCUGAACACAGAAGUUGUGAACAAACUGAGGCAGGAGUUAUGGGACAAGGGGGAGAAUGGGAUGGACCUCCAGAGUCUGAACAUUGAAUCUUUAGAGCAGCUAAAAUACACAAGUUGUGUGAUCAAAGAAACACUGAGGAUGAACCCGCCUGUCCCUGGAGGCUUCAGAGUGGCUCUCAAAACAUUUGAACUGAAUGGCUACCAGAUUCCUAAAGGCUGGAACGUUAUCUACAGCAUCUGUGACACUCAUGACGUUGCUGAGAUUUUCCCCAACAAAGACGACUUUCAGCCCGAGCGCUUCCUGACCGAACCCUCUGCAGACUCCUCCAGGUUCCAGUACGUACCGUUUGGUGGAGGCUCUCGGAUGUGUGUGGGAAAAGAAUUCGCCAAGGUUCUACUGAAGAUCUUCUUGGUAGAAGUGGUCACAAAGUGUGACUGGACCCUCUUAAACGGACCGCCUACCAUAAAAACUGGACCCACUGUCUAUCCUGUGGACAACUUGCCAACCAAAUUCAGCAGCUACAUGAAAAAUCAUUAGAGGAGUUUCUGGACAUUAGUAGUUCUGUAAAUCUGAACAUGGUUUCCUGGUGGGCAGUCCCUGUCUGCUGUCUUCUUGAACAGAUUGUGUGUAUAUAUUGUAUAUUAAUGUAUUUUUAUGACUGUGUAAAUAUAUCUAUAGGUGUAUAUUUACCUAAUUUGAGAACUAAACAAAAAGCACUAUAGGGUUACAUAAACACUUAAUCAUAUCAGUGUUUUAUCUGUAGGAUUUUUAUACAUAUAUAAUUUAGCAUGUUGAUAUAAAUGUAUCUUGGCUCAAGGUAUUUAUGUAACUUGUCUGCUUUUG